AUGGGCUUGACCGACGGGCAGUUGGAGCAAAAGCAGGUGAGUCCCCCGUACAAACCGCGGCUGGACAACGACCGGGAUCUGGCCAACUUCCCGCCCGAGUUCACGGAUGAGCCAGUGCAACUCACGCCCGACGAUCCAGGAAUGAUUUACAAAAGAAAACAGAUGACGGAUUUGUUCUACUCAACUGCACCGGACAAAGAGCAGUUCAGUACCAGCGAUGAAGUACUUCCGCAGUAUCGUCGUGGCACUUCUUUCCGUCCGAAUGCAGUUGGGCAGAAUUGA